AGCUGCUGCCGUCAGUGAACCUGGAGCAGACGAACCUUCGGCCUCCAGACUCUGCAGACCGGAACCAGCCUCAGCCUGAACUCACAGACAGCGAUGUUUCCUGCCCGUCAUCGCCAUCCCCUCGCUCCUCCUCUCCAGCUUACAAGCCCCCCGAGUCUCCGAGCAGCUCAGUCGUCCACAGCGACAGUGAUCCAGACAGCGACUGGGCCCAACAGCAUCAGACUCUCAGAUCUCAGAGUAAAAAAAAAAGAGGCAGACCUUCGCUUGGUGUCAAAAACAAGCGGAAACGGUCGACUCCAUCUCAGUCGUUCAACUGUCUGGUUUGUGGACGAGCUCUGCUGGGGAAAGGCUUCCUGCUCAAACACGUUUUGCAGGUCUGUGCCACAGACAGACAACACCGCUGUGGCUACUGUGGCGAGCGCUUAGACUCGGCCAACGCGCUGAAAGCUCACCUGCAAACACACCAAGACACAUGUAAAACCUGCUCCUACUGUGGGAAGCGCUUCCAGUCUAUUCUGGCCCAGGAGCUGCAUGUGCGACUCCACACUGGAGAGAAACCAUACAGCUGCAACGUCUGCGGCAAGAUGUUCAGCCAAAAGGGAAACUUGACGUCACACCUGCGCGUCCAUGCAACAGAGAAACCCUUCCAGUGUCAAGAGUGUGGCCGGGCCUUCUGUCACUUGACAUCUUUAGACCGACACAUGCAGCAGCACAAGGAGAAGGUGGUUCACACCUGCAGCGUCUGCACUCAGGAGUUCAGGAAGCCGCACAGCCUACAACGGCACAUGGAGACUCAUCAUAAAGAUGCCGCCCACAAACCAAAGAGAUUCCGCAGCUCUGUUCCCUCCUACAUCUGCAAAGUCUGCGGCGACACCUUUGGCAGGAAGUCCUUCUUAGUGAAACAUGUGGAGACUCACCUGCAGGAGCCAGACUGCUGCUGUGGACUCUGUGGUCAGCAGUAUGAGUCCGCUGCCAGCCUCGCCGAUCACUUUAACUCCCACCGCGAUGUCAGUAACACCUGCGACAUCUGCGGGAAGUGCUUCACAGCUCACGCGGCGCUGCUGAUGCACAUGAGGAUUCAUACCGGAGAAAAACCGUAUGCCUGCCACUUAUGUGGGAAGGCUUUCAAUCAGAGCGGCAACCUGAAGAUGCACCUGAAGAUACACACUGGUGAGCGGGCGUUCUCCUGCAGCAUCUGCGGGAAGGGUUUCACCCAGAAACAGACUUUGGACACUCAUGUCCGGUUCCACAACAAGGAGAGACGCUUCCUGUGUCAGGUCUGUGGGAAAGGCUUCAUGCAGGACGUGGACCUGAAAAGACACCUGCUGAUCCACACUGGAGAGAAGCCGUACACCUGCAGGGUCUGUGGGAAGAGUUUCCAGGCCAAACGAUCACUCAACGGACACCUCAAAGUCCACACAGCAGGGGGCACUGAGACUGGACUGGAGCUGGACCAGGACUCAGAGCAGCAGAGGAUGAACAGCUUCUACUCAGGAUUCCUCCAACUGUAGAGUCCAAGACUUCACUCAGGUCUUGCAUUUAAAACUCUGCUUCCUGUCAGUGCUAGAUCUCAAAUCUGGGCACCGACUGAAACGUGUUGUCUUCAUACUCACAGUAAAAUGCAGCGAUUAUCGAUCGAGAAAAACAUGAAACAUUUGCUUUUUUUAGUUCUUGACAAUUUGUCUUUUACCUCAAAGUUUGUUCCUUUCGUCUGUUCAGUAACAUUUAAUACAAUUAAAGGUUCAGAAUCAUGAAGAUAUGAACGCUGCCAUCUUGUGCUGGUGACAUCAUUCUGAGUCUGUACAAUAGAUCGUGACGUGGGGGCGGCGGUUUCG